CCCGGCUCGAGCCCCACGCAGCCCGCCCUUGAGCGCCGGUCCGGGUUAUUUAUGCGGCGGCCGCGUCCGCCAGCUGCGGCUUCCUCCAGCCCCCACCCCGGGCGCGCCCCCACUCGCGGCAGCAGCUACCAGGAAUCGCGCGUGGGUGUGUUUGGGAGCUUCUGCCUCGGCGCCGCGGGUGCCACCUCCCGGGACGCUGCCCAGGCGUCCUCGGUCGCGGGCUACUCUAAUGUGAUGCUGGGAUUGAAUUUACCUAGGGCUCCAUAUCAAGGUUGACUCGAAAGUCUUGCGGAAGAUCUGGAAGAAAUAGGUAUUAAGUCAUGAUGCAGGAAUCCGCGACAGAGACAAUAAGCAACAGUUCAAUGAAUCAAAAUGGAAUGAGCACUCUAAGCAGCCAAUUAGAUGCUGGCAGCAGAGAUGGAAGAUCAAGUGGUGACACCAGCUCUGAAGUAAGCACAGUAGAACUGCUGCAUCUGCAACAACAGCAGGCUCUCCAAGCAGCAAGACAACUUCUCUUACAGCAGCAAACAAGUGGAUUGAAAUCUCCUAAGAGCAGUGACAAACAGAGACCACUGCAGGAAUUGCUUCCAGAAACAAAAUUAUGUGUCUGUGGCCACUCUUCUGGUGAUGGGCAUCCUCACAACACAUUUGCAGUGCCUGUGUCGGUGGCCAUGAUGACUCCCCAGGUGAUCACCCCUCAGCAAAUGCAGCAGAUCCUUCAGCAGCAAGUCCUGUCUCCUCAGCAGCUCCAAGCCCUUCUCCAGCAGCAGCAGGCAGUCAUGCUGCAGCAGCAACAACUACAAGAGUUUUACAAGAAACAGCAAGAGCAGUUACAUCUUCAGCUUUUGCAGCAGCAGCAACAGCAGCAGCAGCAGCAACAGCAGCAGCAGCAACAGCAGCAGCAGCAGCAACAGCAGCAGCAGCAACAGCAGCAGCAACAACAGCAGCAGCAACAGCAUCCCGGAAAGCAAGCAAAAGAGCAGCAGCAGCAGCAGCAGUUGGCGGCCCAGCAGCUUGUCUUCCAGCAGCAGCUCCUCCAGAUGCAGCAACUCCAGCAGCAGCAGCAUCUGCUCAGCCUUCAGCGUCAGGGACUCAUCUCCAUCCCACCUGGCCAGGCGGCCCUUCCUGUCCAGUCGCUGCCUCAAGCUGGCUUAAGUCCUGCUGAGAUUCAGCAGUUAUGGAAAGAAGUGACUGGAGUUCACAGUAUGGAAGACAACGGCAUUAAGCAUGGAGGGCUAGACCUCACUACUAACAAUUCCUCCUCGACUACCUCCCCCACCGCUUCCAAAGCAUCACCACCAAUAACCCAUCACUCCAUGGUGAAUGGACAGUCUUCAGUUCUAAAUGCAAGGCGAGACAGCUCAUCACAUGAGGAGACUGGGGCCUCUCACACUCUCUACGGCCAUGGAGUUUGCAAAUGGCCAGGCUGUGAAAGCAUUUGUGAAGACUUUGGACAGUUUUUAAAGCACCUUAACAACGAACAUGCAUUGGACGACAGAAGCACUGCCCAGUGUCGAGUGCAAAUGCAGGUGGUGCAGCAGUUAGAAAUACAGCUUUCUAAAGAACGCGAACGUCUUCAAGCAAUGAUGACCCACUUGCACAUGCGACCCUCAGAGCCCAAGCCGUCUCCCAAACCUCUAAAUCUGGUGUCUAGUGUCACCAUGUCGAAGAACAUGUUGGAGACAUCCCCACAGAGCUUACCUCAAACCCCUACCACACCAACGGCCCCAGUCACCCCGAUUACCCAGGGACCCUCAGUAAUCACCCCAGCCAGUGUGCCCAAUGUGGGAGCCAUACGAAGGCGACAUUCAGACAAAUACAACAUUCCCAUGUCAUCAGAGAUUGCCCCAAACUACGAGUUUUAUAAAAAUGCAGAUGUCAGACCUCCAUUUACUUAUGCAACUCUCAUAAGGCAGGCUAUCAUGGAGUCAUCUGACAGGCAGUUAACACUUAAUGAAAUUUACAGCUGGUUUACACGGACAUUUGCUUACUUCAGGCGGAAUGCAGCAACUUGGAAGAAUGCAGUACGUCAUAAUCUUAGCCUGCACAAGUGUUUUGUUCGAGUAGAAAAUGUUAAAGGAGCAGUGUGGACCGUGGAUGAAGUAGAAUACCAGAAGCGAAGGUCACAGAAGAUAACAGGAAGCCCAACCUUAGUAAAAAAUAUACCUACCAGUUUAGGCUAUGGAGCAGCUCUGAAUGCCAGCUUACAGGCUGCCUUGGCAGAGAGCAGUUUACCUUUGCUAAGUAACCCUGGACUGAUCAAUAACACCUCCAGCGGCCUGCUGCAGGCUGUCCACGAAGACCUCAAUGGUUCCCUGGAUCACAUCGACAGCAAUGGGAACAGCAGCCCGGGCUGCUCACCUCAGCCGCACAUACAUUCAAUUCAUGUCAAGGAAGAGCCAGUGAUUGCCGAGGAUGAAGACUGCCCAAUGUCCUUAGUGACAACAGCUAAUCACAGUCCAGAACUAGAAGAUGACAGAGAGAUUGAAGAAGAGCCUUUAUCUGAAGAUCUGGAAUGAGAACUGACUUGUGAAACCUCAGCGUGAAGGGACAUAUCACUGACCUUCGUAACCACUCCACAACCAUGAAUAUUUGACAAAUUUUUACUGUGACUAUUUAUUAAGCAUGGAUAAAGGAGACAGCCCUAAAGGAACUUAUGAAGCCAGCCCUUUGGG